AUGGUAAGCAGGAUCAGAAAUAAUGAGACGUUCAGAGCCAAGAUCCAGAAGACUUGUGACUCCGAUGUGAAACAGGAAGUGAAGACAGACAGAAAGGCUGCUGAAUCCUUCUCACCUGAACACACAACUGGAUCUUCAUACAGGUUCAGGUGUCCUGGUCCAGGUGUGUUCCAGUGUGCUUCGACUGGCCUGGUGUUCGUCAUGGCUCAGGAGGCGGAGCUUCUGUACAGGACGGUCCCUUGGGAGGAGAGCCGCCUCCAAUCAGCUGGCAAGCAGCCAGCAGGGCCGCUGUUCGACGUGAAGAGUUCUGAUGAAGCUGCAGUCUGCCAGCUCCACCUGCCACACAGUGAGACAGAAGAUGCGCUGCUCCUGGACGGCCUGUUGUCUGUCGUCCACAUCACUGAUGAAGGCCAGAGCAUCCUGGAGCCGCUGGAGGUCACACCCACUCACGUGGUGGUGAAGGUGCCUCACCUCUCUCUCUUUGGCCUGGUCUGGGAUAUCGUUAAAAGGGUUCUGUGUCUGCUGAUAAAGGGCCAAGUUCUGGUGUUCCUUCAACCCCCGUUCGGAGAGGAGCAAAUACUGGAUGUAUUUCUGCUGCCGAACAACGUCCCUGUGGAGGAGGUUGCUGAUAAACACAGCUGUGCUGUGAACAUCACAAACUCCUCCGACUGUGAGCUGGACAUUCAUCACAGUUACAGUGUGCACUGUGAACCCGAGGGCUUCUACAUUCAGCCUGAGAGUAAAACAUUUGAUUCCAGGUUUGGACCAAACUACCAUCCGACAUUUCAAGUUACCCUGAUGACGAGCACAAAGAGAGUGGUUUUGAGGGUCAAGGACCAAGGUGGAAAUGAAGUCUGGUAUUGUCGCGUGUCACUGGAAGGUCCAAGGCAUGCAUUGUCCCAGGGAAAUGUCCCAGCAGAGAGCAGCGUCCCAGCAGAGAGCAGAGUCCCAGCAGAGAGCAGCGUCCCAGCAGAGAGCAGCGUGAUCAGUGAAUCUGAAAUGAAGUCAGCCAGAAACAAACCCCAAGAUGACGGAGCACGAGAGGUGGUGGACGUGGUGCGAAAUAAAGGAGCUGCAGCCAGCAGGAUUUCACAGCUGCCUGGGCAGUGGCCCACAGGCGACGUUUAUCCAGCAGCCAGAACCUUCAUCUGUGCCGGCCCCCAGGUCAAGAUCUACCGUGGCUCAAAGACCUCCACCACAGCCAUCACCACCAAGGACCAGAGGACCAGCAUCACUACAGCAGCCUCCACCUCCAUCUGUGCCUGCCACAAGAUUAAGAUACACCUCGGUACAAAAGCCUCCACCACAGCCAUCACGAUCAACCCAGCCAGCAAAGAAGUCUCGCCUAGCACACGUACCUCCCACACAGCCACCAGCAUCAACCCGGGACAAUCCCACCUACCUCCCUCCAACACAGCCACCAGCAGCCCAUGCACCAUCACCCCCACCUACACAGCAGCCAGCCCCACUGUCUUGGAAGACGGACAAAGACCAUUACACUGCUCCCCUUGUCUUUACAUGUAUAAUGAAUAG